AAGAAGCUCUGAGUUAAGAGAUCUACACCAAAUCAAGAAGAUGGAUCUCGUGAAUUGUGGCCAGGAAGCGAGUGAGUUGUUUCGAGUUCAAUCUCACCUGUACAAACAUCUAUUUAGCUUCAUAGAUUCCAUGUCACUCGGCUGUGCAAUUCAGCUUGGCAUACCUGACAUUAUCCAUAGCCAUGGCCAACCCAUGACUCUUCCACAGUUGGUCUCUAAGCUUCACAUUGAUCCAAAAAAAACUAUUUGUGUGCACAGGCUUAUGCGUCUGUUGUCGCAUUCUGGCUUCUUCACCAAGACAACAAUUGUGCAUGAAGAUCGAAAAGAAGAAGAAGCCUAUGCUCUCACUCCUUCUUCUAGGCUCGUCCUCAAAGACGAUCGCACCAGCUUGUCACCGUUUGUUGUAGCUAUGCUUGACCCUGCUCUCGUAAACCCAUGGUAUUCCUUGGGAGAUUGGUUUCGAGGGACUGAGCUCACGCCUUUUGCAAAAGCGAAUGGGAUGGGUUUGUGGGACUACUGCAACCAAAACCCAAAAUAUGGUGACACUUUUAAUGAAGCAAUGGCCAGCGAUUCCAGAUUUAUGAGGUUGGUCGUCAAGGAGUACAAGCCCAUUUUUGAGGGUUUGGGUUCGUUGGUUGAUGUUGGAGGUGGAACUGGGACUAUGGCAAGGAUCAUUUCCGAGGCAUUCCCUCACAUUAAAUGCACUGUGUAUGACCUUCCACAUGUCGUUGCCAACUUGCCAGAAACUUCAAACUUGAACUACGUUGGUGGUGAUAUGUUUCAGUCCAUCCCUCCUACAGAUGCAAUUAUGUUUAAGUGGAUUAUGCAUGAUUGGAACGAUGAGGACUGUGUCAACAUACUGAAGAGAUGCAAAGAAGCUAUUACAAGCAAAGGUUAUAAGGAAGGAAAUAAGGUAAUUAUCAUAGAUGUGGUGAUAAAUGAGGAGAAGGAUGAUGAAGAUACCACCAAAGCAAAGCUCCUCUUUGACACACUGAUGAUGGUUUUGCUCCCUGGAAAAGAAAGGACCAAGAAAGAAUGGGAAAAGCUCUUCAUGGAGGCUGGCUUUAGCCGCUACAAAAUAGUGGCAUCCUAUGGCAUGAAAUCCCUGAUUGAGGUUUAUCCUUAAUGGUCCGAUAAAACAAUCAUUAUCAGUCAUUCUUAAAAAAGAAGUAAGGCCAUCUUAAGUACUGCCAUAUAUAUGAUGCAUAUUAGAAUGAAUAGUACGUACUUCCAAGCUUAGGAACUCAUGAAGUACCGGAGCCAUGAAUCUUGCUGUUGUUUACUAUCAUGUAUAAUUAAUUAAGCUUAUUUAUAUAAAUAGAUCGUGCUUAAUUCAUUGUCUUCUUAA